UAUUACGUAUACGUGGCCAUGAGAGAGAAAAGUGUAAAUCGAAUUUACUGGAGUCGGAGUGGCAUUUGACUGCUGCGGAGUUAGUAUGGUGUUCAAGUAAAAAUAAGUCAGUAUAUUUAUAUAAAGAUUUAUAUAUGCAAUUAAUGGUUUCAUUUCAUAUAUAUUACAUAGUACUAAGAACUCUAUUUUAAAUUAAAGUUUCACAAUAUCCUAUAAAAAUGGCGAACAGUCAAGUACGUCAAAACUUUUCCGAAGAAUGCGAAGUGGCAAUAAAUUCUCAAAUAAAUAUGGAAUUGUACGCAAGCUACGUUUAUUUGUCUAUGGCUUACUACUUUGACCGCGACGAUGUGGCGCUCCAUGGCCUGCGGAAGUUCUUUGAGAAGCAGUCGGUGGAUGAACGAGAGCAUGCGAUCAAGCUCAUGAAGUACAUGAACAAGCGCGGCGGCCGCAUCCUGCUGAAGGAUGUGAAGGCCCCAGACAGGGACGAGUGGGGCACUGCCGAGGACGCCAUGACGGCGGCUCUCGAGCUCGAGAAGUCCGUCAACGACAGCCUGCUGUCCAUGCACAAGAUAGCGACGGAGAAGGACGACGCCAACCUGUGCGACUUUCUGGAGACGGAGUACCUGCAGGAGCAAGUGGACUCCAUCAAGCAGAUAGCAGACCACCUUACCAACAUCCGGCGCGUGGGCGAAGGCUUGGGCAUCUUCGUGUUCGACAAGGAGCUCGAAUGAGGCGGUGAAGUCCAGCUCGCUGGGUCUAAAUCCUUUCAGUCAAAGUUUUAGAAUGAAGAAUUUCUCAUAUUAGCGGCUGUGCUGCAUGCUUUAGGUUCAGAUUCUGCUGUCAUUCGACAAUCUGGCGUGAUCUCAAAUUUUCAGUAUUAAUGUAGGUAAUAUACUUUAUAUAGAGUUAUAUUAAAUUUUGUUUGAUUUUUUUAGAUCUUUAAUCAUGAAAUAUUUCUCAUUUUAAUUAAAUGUAAAAUACUUUUGAAAAAUAAUUUUAUUAUUUGUAGUGUUUUCUAUAGAAGUAAUUUUUGUUAUUUAAGGGGAUUGGUGCAGGACAAAAAACAGUCAUUCGUCAUAAUUUGUUGGAAAUGAGCUUAAGUAUUUCAUAAAUGCUUGUUUAUUACUACUGUAAGGCCAGCCAGCACGUAUAUAAGCUAGCGGGUGAGAUUUGGCAAGUUAGUGGCGAGAGAGCUUCUGUGAGGGGAGGUUGUCGAAUGUUGCAGCUCUGAGGCCUGCCAUCUAGCGGGAAUCUUUCGAAGGUCUUCCACAAUAUCGCCUUUCUCUCUCUCUCUCUCUCUCUCUCUCUCCAACACGGAAGGAAAGAGAACCGCGAUAACCAGCUCUUAUCUUCGCUUCCCAUCUCGCCCUAUCCUUCAUUCUCGGAUCAGGUAGCCGCCCUUCCCCGUGUAGACUUUCGUUUUACUCCAGAUUUUUGUACUCUGGUAGAGUUGACUGUGCUUAAUAACAUACCGAAAGUUUACCGCUGUAGACCUUGUGCGUUAUAACCGAAAAUUUGCAUUUAAGUCCUAGGUGACAGCAAAUUAAAAACAUUGAAAUGCUACCCAUUUAUACAGUUUUUAAUUUUGACUGUCCGUAAACUUACCAAAAUAAUCGAGAAACUGUAAUUCACCCAUUAAUGUAAGAAAAAAUGAAAUUUUUAAUAUUUAAGAUAUGAUAUAAAGAGAUUAAUUCACGACAUAUUUUUUUAAUCUUUGCCACCCAGAUAAAAAUACGAUUUACGCCGAUUUGAAGAGCCCAAUGCGAUAAAAUGUCUAAAUAAAUGUUUAUAAUUAUACUUUUAGCUUUAAGAUAGUAUAUUUAUAAAGAGUCUAGCAUAAUUAGUUGCCUCAUUAAAGCUGCCUGAGCGUUGCAGUGUACUGCGGCCGUACUGAUCUUUCACGGCCGGCGUGCUUUGAAACACGCUGCGUUCUGCGACACUCAAUAAACUUGGUCUUAUUUAAGGAAUACUUAAAAUAUAUUUAAUGCAUAUGAUAGGGUGUAUUCAUGUUACAUCUAUUGAGAUAUACAUAUUAUUUUUUCUUAUAUGAAUGAUUUUUGAUACAAUAAAAUUAACAAUAGCUAAACAAUUUCUGCUUGGAACUUGUACAUAAAAAUUCUAGAGGAC